UCCGAGGUCCUGAGCUUCUGCCCGCAGGUGUCGGUGACAAGGCCCCAGGGCACAGUCCAGUUUGGCCCCAUGGUGGGGUUCGGGGCCAACCGGCGGGCUGGCCGCCUGCCCUCCCUCGUGUUGGUGGUGCUGCUGGUGGUGAUCGCCAUCCUAGCCUUCAACUACUGGAGCAUCUCCUCCCGCCACGUCCUGCUUCAGGAGGAGGUGGCGGAGCUGCAGGGCCAGGUCCAGCGCACUGAGGUGGCCCGCGGACGCCUGGAGAAACGCAAUUCGGACCUCCUGCUCUUAGUGGACUCGCACAAGAAACAGAUCGACCAGAAGGAGGCCGACUACGGCCGUCUCAGCAGCCGGCUGCAGGCCAGGGAGGGCCUGGGGAAGAGAUGCGAGGAUGACAAGGUUAAACUACAGAACAACAUAUCAUAUCAAAUGGCAGACAUACAUCAUUUAAAGGAGCAACUUGCUGAGCUUCGUCAGGAGUUUCUUCGACAAGAAGACCAGCUUCAAGACUAUAGGAAGAAUAAUACUUACCUUGUGAAGAGGUUAGAAUAUGAGAGUUUUCAGUGUGGACAACAGAUCAAAGAAUUAAGAGCACAGCAUGAAGAAAAUAUUAAAAAAUUAGCAGACCAGUUUUUACAAGAACAAAAGCAAGAGACCCACAAGAGUCAGUCAAAUAAUGGAAAUGAACUGGGUACAAAUGAUCAUGAAGUACCUAAGAAUGUUCCAAAAGUAGUUGAGAAUGCUGAAGCUAAGAAUGAAGACCCCUCAAGCAAUCAUAAUCCACAUGGGAAAGAACAAAUCAAGCGAGGCAGUGAUGCAGGGAUGCCUGGAAUAGAGGAGAAUGACCUUGCGAAAGCUGAAGAUCUUCCCACUUCUUUAAAGAAGCCCCCCAUUUCAAUUUCUCAACAUGAAAAUCAUCAAGCAAUCUCCCACCUUCCAACUGGACAACCUCUCUCCCCAAAUAUGGCUCCAGAUUCACACAUAAACCACAAUGGGAACCCUGGUACUUCAAAUCAAAUACCUUCCAAUCCUCUUCAGCCUUUAAUUCCAGGCCCAAAUGUGGAGAGUGAACCCAGAAUUCAAACAGAUGUUCUAAAGCAGGCUACCAAGGAUAGAGUUGGUGAUUUCCAUAAGUUGAAGCAAAAUGAUGAAGAACGAGAGCUUCAAAUGGAUCCUGCAGACUAUGGAAAGCAACGUUUCAAUGAUGUUCUUUAAGUCCUAAAGGAAAACUUCAGAAAACCUAAAGUGCUGUAAAAUGGAAUGACUUCUACUUUAUUGUUUAUUGACUUUUGUUGUAAAGAUCAGUUGUAUCCGUUGUAAAGAUACAUUGAGAUCGACUUAAGUAAAAUUUCUAAUGGAAGACGGUACCCAUGUACAUACGUGAACUUUUUCAUAUUGUAUUAUCAAAGCAGAGACUUUUUUGGUUAUGAUACAGUUGAGCCAAAACAAAGUAAGCAAAACUGUAAUCUUUGCUUUUAAAGCAAACUAAUGUAUAUUUAAAAAUUUUUUGAACCUAAUUCUUUCUGAAAGUGGAUAAACA